AAAACAGAGCCGAGUAAACAAACAUAACUAAAUCCAGCGGGGCCAGUUGGUUUGAGCAGUAACCAUUCGUCCGUGCAUGCAGGGAAGUAACGUGGUCUAACGUCACGCGUGUGUGUGUGAGAGAGAGAGAGAGAGAGAGAUUACCGGAGAAGAAGCCGCGAGAGAAAAGCUCCUGAGCCAACCAGAGGAGAGAGAGAGAGAGAGAGAGCAAGAGACACCCAUGGCACGUACGGAUCUCCUUUCUCUAGAGAGAGAGGGGGGGGAGGCGGGGUUGGAGGAGAAAGAAGAAGAAGACGAGGACGAGGGCGACGAGGGCGCUGAUCGCUGCGGCGGCGGCGGAGGCGGAGGCGGAGGCGGGGCAUGGGGAACUGCUGCUCGGCCCGGUCAUCGUCGUCGUCCCCCAAAGACCCUAGAGCCCGCUGCCUCUCCUCGCUGUCGCUCUCCUUCUCCGACGCCGCCGCCGCCGACGACGAUGACGACGACCCGCCGCCGCCGCUCUCGGUGCUCCCCGCGUCGCUCUCCUCCGCCGCCGACCCCCUCCUCCUCCGCCGCCGCUACCGCCUCGGCGCCGAGCUCGGGCGCGGCGAGUUCGGCGUGACGCGGCGCUGCGCCGACGCCGACGCCGGCGAGGCCCUCGCCUGCAAGUCCAUCUCGAAGCGCCGCCUCCGCGCCGCCGCCGACGUGGAGGACGUGCGCCGCGAGGUGGACAUCAUGCGCCGCCGCCUCCCCCCGCACCCCAACGUCGUCCGCCUCCGCGACGCCUUCGAGGACCGCGAGGCCGUCCACCUCGUCAUGGAGCUCUGCGAGGGCGGCGAGCUCUUCGACCGCAUCGUCGCCCGCGGCCACUUCACCGAGCGCGCCGCCGCUGCCGUCAUGCGCACCAUUGUCGAGGUCAUAGUGCACUGCCAUAAACACGGCGUGAUGCACCGUGACUUGAAGCCGGAGAAUUUCUUGUUUGCUGAUUCGUCUGAAACCUCUCCUCUCAAGGCUAUUGAUUUUGGCCUCUCUGUAUGCUUCAAGCCUGGUGAACGUUUCAGUGAAAUUGUCGGAAGCCCAUAUUACAUGGCCCCAGAAGUGCUUAAGCGAAACUAUGGACCAGAAAUAGAUGUGUGGAGUGCUGGAGUUAUUCUAUACAUCUUACUCUGUGGGGUCCCUCCUUUUUGGGCUGAAACUGAUGAAGGAAUUGCGCAAGCCAUUAUUCAGUCGGUUAUUGAUUUCGAAAGAGAACCAUGGCCGAAGGUAUCCGACAACGCAAAAGAUCUCGUGAGAUGCAUGCUUGACCCAAAUCCCUACACACGGUUGACGGCUCAGCAAGUACUAGAGCAUCCUUGGCUGCAGAAUGCUAGUGCAGUUCCUAACAUCCCACUGGGAGAAGCUGUGAGAACAAGGCUUCAGCAGUUCUCUGUGAUGAACAAGUUCAAGAAGAAGGCCUUAAUAGUAGUAGCUGAGCACUUGCCUGUGGAAGAAGUAGAUGCCAUUAAGGAGUUGUUUCAUGUGAUGGAUACGAACAAGAAGGGAAACUUAACAAUUGAAGAACUUAAAACAGGUCUCCACUUAAUCGGACACCAUGUUCCUGAUAUCGACGUUCACAUGUUAAUGGAAGCGGCAGACAUAGAUGGAAAUGGUACUCUGGAUUGCAAGGAGUUUGUCACUGUCUCUGUUCACUUGAAGAAGAUCCGCAGCGAGGAACACCUACCAAAGGCAUUCAGCUACUUCGACAAGAACGGGAGUGGAUAUAUCGAGAUUGAUGAAUUGAGAGAAGCUAUAGGGGAGGAUACUCUCGGUGCCUGUGAACAAGUGAUAUUGGAUAUCUUCUCUGACGUAGACAACGAUAAGGAUGGUCGUAUAAGUUAUGAAGAAUUUGAAAGGAUGAUGAAAGCUGGAACAGACUGGAGGAAUGGAUCUCGCCAGUACUCACGAGCCGUGUUCAAUACCUUAAGUUUAAAAAUGUUCAAAGAUGGGUCCUUAAAAGAUGGUGGUGUAAAAAGAUCAGUAAAGCGACUUACUGAGUGAGCAAUUCUUUCCCCUUUAUUAACUGAUUAAGAAAGCGCAAGAAACCAAAUUUAAAGAAGGGAUUCCAAUUUGACUUUGUUGUUUAGAUUUUGCUAAGUAUGAAUUCUAGAAUGGCAGGGAAAGCUCUUUGACAUUCAGGCACUUUCUACUGAGUUGCUGCUGUUGAAUUUGAAGUGUAUAAAUGCUUGGCCGGAUUUUAGAAAACAAAGAAGGCUUUUCAAUUCAA